UGCAAGUGGGAUGUGUGUAACGUCAGCAAAGUAUCCGAUCCGCAUUUGUACACAGGUGCUGAUCGCGUACGGAACGAGCAUCCAGAUCCUUAUUCUGAGCCGAUGUCCUCCUUCGAGCUCGACGUCCCGCUCUGCCGGAAAAUCUGCCUCUUCCUCAAAGAUUAUGGGGUGGAAUGGAAGUACAUACAAUUUAUAAUAGACGUGUCUCUACUGCCUUUUGAAUGGAUUGGCGACUUCCUCAUUACUGCGCCCCUUUUCGUGCUGAAAUCUAUUAUCCAAAAGUUGUGCAUCAACACCGACUCCGGCUGUCAUCUGAUGAACACGCUGGAUGGUAUGAAUGCAAAAAGUAUUGCUGCUUACAUCAUGCAUCUCGUUAGAAGUUGUGGUUGUACCGGGCAUAACCAAGAGGAAUUUGCCUUAAGACCAUAUUUCUAUGAAGAGGAAGAUUAGUAACGAGCAUAAUCAGGGUUCGUCUUGAGUUAAUUACGAUGCACGAGCAAGAUUUAAAACAUACUCGCAAGCACACACACACAAAUGCAUGUUUACUUUAAAAAAAUUAAGAAUAAGUAGUCUGUUUCGACCGCCGUAUUUUUCUCUUAAACCUUGUUAGAUUCGACCUUGAGUUCUAAGUAAUACACCUAUAUGUGUAUGUGUUUGUCAAUAGUAUGCAUUUAAAUAGGUAAAAAGUGACAAAAGUUACAUAAUUUUUUUUUCACUCAAAAAGUCAGCAAAAUAUUUUUUGUCACGAAAGCGUAUACAUUUUAAAUAUUUUAAUGUACAGAUAUUCGUGUACAAAUAUUUGUGUGUAUGCACGUUCGUGCGUGAGUGCGCAUGUGUAUGUGUGUGUAUAUAAACAUAUCUAUGGUGUACGAAUAUUUUCCUGAUUAACAGACAAUCUUGUACACAAUAAAAAGGUUACUACACAAAAAUUGUAUCAUUUGAUUCAAUUUUCUCUUCUGACCUCAAAAUAACAAUUAUGGAAAUGUGGUAUCGGUUAAUGAAUGCAUUUAAAUAAUUCAUCUGCUCAAGUCGAUUUAUCUAAUGGAUAAAUCGUGUAUUCGAUUAUUUACACAAACAUUA